AUGGCAAACAUCACAGACCCGGCGAUCCCGAAGGGUUCUACCGUCCUCGUCACCGGUGUCAACGGCUUCAUCGCGUCUCACGUAGCCGACCAGUUCGUCCAGCAUGGGUACAAAGUCCGCGGCACGGUCCGCAACCCCGAGAAGAGCGCUUGGCUCAACGCCUAUUUCGACAAGACCUACGGCAAGGGCCACUUCGAGUUGUAUCCCGUCCCUGACAUGACGGUCGAAGAUGCCUAUGACGAAGCCGUCAAGGGGGUUUCAGCCUUCAUCCAUGUGGCGUCUGUGGUCAACUUCGACCCGGACCCGGAAAAGGUCAUCCCGAUUGCCGUCGAGAGUGCCGCGAUUGCCAUCAAGGCCGCUUACAGAGAGCCUAGCGUCAAGCGCUUUGUCUUGACGUCUUCCUCUUCAACGACUCUGCCGGCGGACCCGCAGGCCUUCUUGAACAUGAAUGGCGCAGUUCUAACGGAAGACUCGUGGAGCCCUGACGCAAAGGAGCUGGCCUGGACACCCGGACCUUGGGGCCCCGAGCAUGGCGGCCCUGUGUACAUCGCCAGCAAGGUCGAGCAAGAGCAGGCUGUCUGGAAGUAUCACAAGGAAAACCAGGCGAAGCGUCCUGAUCUUGUGGUAAACGCAAUUCUCCCCAAUCUCAACCUGGGAAAGAGCCUCGACCCUGUGAACCAAGGUCACCCGUCCACGUCUGGCUUCAUCCUCCCCUUGUUUGAGGGAAAGAGACUCCCUGAGAACUGGUCUACGCCACAGUACGCCAUCGACGUCCAGGAUGCCGGUCUCCUGCACGUGGCCGCAGCCAUCCUGCCCGACGUAAAGAGCGAGCGCGUCUUUGGUUUCGCCGAGCCGUUCUGCUGGGACGAUGUCCUGGAGAUCCUUCGCAAGCAGCACCCGAACAAGAAGUUCCACGAGAACUUCGCCGGCGUUCCCUACCCAGAUAUCGUCAUCAAGCCCAGAGACCGGGCCGAAGAGCUGCUGAAGAGGCUCGGAAAGCCUGGUUGGACCUCGUUGGCGGAUAGUCUGCGGCUGAACACUGAGGACCUUUGA